GCUGGGAGAAAAAUGGAUACAAGAAACCAUUCUUCGGUAAUGGAGUUUAUCCUUGAGGGGUUAACAGACCAGCGAGGACUCCAGCUCCCCCUCUUUUUCCUGUUUCUAUUGAUCUAUGUGGUCUGCAUGGUGGGAAAUUUGGGUUUGAUCUUUUUAAUCAGGGUCAGUUCUCAGCUUCACACACCCAUGUAUUAUUUUCUCAGUAAUUUGUCCUUCAUAGAUCUCUGCUACUCUACUGUCAUAAUUCCCAAGAUGUUGGUGAACUUUGUGUCAGAGAAGAAUUUCACCUCCUUUCCUGAGUGUAUGGCCCAGCUCUUUUGCUUCUGCUUCUUUGGUAUUGAUGACUCCUACAUGCUGACAGCAAUGGCAUUUGAUCGUUAUGUUGCCAUCUGUAACCCCUUGCUCUACAAUGUCACAAUGUCCCCAAGAAUCUGUUCUCUACUGGUCACCAGUGUGUAUACAGUGGGGGUCAUUGGAGCCUUGGUCCACACCAGCUACAUAUCUAGUCGAUCCUUCUGUGGAACUAACAUCAUCCACCAUUACUUCUGUGACAUCCUCCCUCUUCUGAAUAUAUCUUGCUCAAGAGACUACACCAAGGAACUCUUGGUGAUGAUUUUGGUUGGAUUCAAUGUAUUUGUGUGUGCUUUAGCCAUCUUCAUCUCUUAUGCCUUCAUUCUUUCCAACAUCUUACGGAUCCGCUCAGCUGAAGGUAGGUCCAAAGCUUUCAGUACCUGCAGCUCCCACCUUGCAGCUGUUGGGGUCUUCUAUGGCUCCAUCAUUUUUAUGUAUUUUAAACCAUCUACAAGUGACAUAAUACAGGAGAAGGUGGCCUCUGUGUUUUACACCACAGUGAUUCCCAUGCUUAAUCCCCUUAUCUACAGCCUUAGGAAUAAGGAUGUCAAAGAAUCCCUUAAAAGAAUUCUCAAUGGUGGGUAA